CUCCCAAUGCUGCGGUUCAAACAUGGAUCUCCCGGGCCGGCGAGCCGCCCACGGUCUCUCGCGACUUCUCUGAUCGCGUAUGUUGAGCAUUUCUAGCCUAUACAGAUAUCGAGAUCAAUGAAGUGAAUGUGUGCUGAUAGUCCAAGCACCGGGCGACAUGUGCAAACGCAGCUUCCUUCUGCUGGUGACCAUCAUCGGUGGUGCCGAGAACUUUUACCACACCCGGUCACCUACGGUACAUGCCAUCUACCUGUAGGAUGUUUGUGCGACCCCCAGCAUUAAAUGUUAUUACUCGAUGCUUGGCCUGACUUGCAAUGCACAUGUUCAUCAUGAAACACUCUGCAGCCCUCGCGCUCGUCAUGAUGAUGAGUUCUUUGGCCAUUCUGUGCCUAAUACUUUGCAGGCACCCGUGGAAAAGUCCGCGGGCUAGGGAAGCAAACGAGGUCGAGCGCGCGCGCAAAGUGAAGCCAGCCGCACCACUAUUCGGUGAUCAUCAGAUACCCAAGUGAAGAUGGAGAGAAUCCGAGGAUCAAAGUGAUAAUAAAAUGAAGUUCAGAGAAGUGACGUGUCCGGCUUUCCAAUAGUAGUGUACA